AUGGCCCGUCCGGGGGCCGCCGAUCCCGGUGCCGCCGUGGAGCGGCUCUGCCGGGAGCUCAACCUGGACGUGGCGAGCGCGGCCGAGGCGCUGCGCGACUUCACGGCGCUGCGGGGCACCUACAGCCUGGAGGGCGAAGCGCUGCACUGGCUGGCCUGCGCGCUGUACGUCGCCUGCCGCCGGAGCCGCGUGCCCACCGUGGGGAGCAGCCCGAUGGAGGGGAACGGCGUCUCCCUGACCCGCAUCCUGCGCUCCGCACGCCUCAGUUUAAUUCAGUUUUUUAGCAAAAUGAAGAAGUGGAUGGACAUGUCAAACCUGCCCCAGGAAUUCCGAGAGCGAGUUGAGAGGCUGGAGAGAAAUUUUGAAGUGUCAACUGUGAUUUUCAAAAAGUUUGAACCAAUAUUUUUUGAUAUAUUUCAAAACCCUUUUGAAGAAAGUUCCAAACCGCAUCGAAGCAGGAAGCAGAGGCGGGUGCCAUGCAGUGUCAAAGAUCUCUUCAACUUCUGCUGGACUCUCUUUGUGUACACUAAGGGUAAUUUCCGUAUGAUUGGAGAUGAUUUAGUAAAUUCCUAUCAUUUACUUCUGUGCUGCUUGGACCUGAUUUUUGCCAAUGCCCUUCUGUGUCCAAACAGAAGAGAUUUGCUAAAUCCAUCAUUUAAAGGCUUACCAGUGGAAUCCCACACUCUGGAGAUGAGAGGCUCUGAGGAUCCUCCCUGCAUCAUUGGCACGCUCUGCGAGCUGCACGACGGGCUCCUGGUGGAGGCCAAGGGCAUCAAGGAGCACUACUUCAAACCUUACAUUGCCAAGCUGUUUGAUAGGAAGAUCUUAAAAGGAGAUUGUUUGUUGGAUCUUUGCAACUUUACAGAAAAUAGCAAAGCACUGAAUAAAGAGUAUGAAGAAUAUGUUCUGACCGUGGGUGACUUUGAUGAGAGAGUUUUCCUGGGAGCUGAUGCUGAAGAAGAAAUUGGCACUCGAAAAUUCCCUGCAGAUGUGCCAGGAGAGAAAACGGCAGCACGAGCUCACAUGGAGUGUCAUCUGCAGCAGCAUUUUGAAAAGAAAAGGUCAUUUGCACCUUCAACCCCACUGACUGGCAGGAGAUACCUGCGAGAAAAGGAAACUGCCUUCACUCCUGUGGCCUCAGCCACACAGAGCGUGAGCCGUCUGCAGAGCAUGGUGGCUGGCUUGAAAAAUGCACCAAGUGAACAACUUAUAGCUAUUUUUGAGUCUUGUGCCCGCAGCCCCUUGGAAAGCAUCAUGAGCAGAGUGAAGGAAAUUGGUGAGACCUUCUGCUGCUGCUACACUCAGUCAACAGAUGAGCAACCAGGAUCUCACAUAGAUUUUGCUGUAAACAGAUUAAAACUGGCAGAGAUCUUGUAUUAUAAAAUCUUGGAGACUAUAAUGGUGCAAGAAACACGGAGACUGCAUGGGAAGGAUCUGACUGCUCUCCUGGAGCAGGAUGUCUUUCACCGCUCCCUCCUGGCGUGCUGCCUGGAGAUCGUGCUCUUCGCCUACAGCUCCCCUCGCACCUUCCCCUGGAUCAUUGAGGUGCUGGACAUCAGGCCAUUCUACUUCUAUAAGGUUAUUGAAGUGCUGAUUCGGUCUGAGGAAGGACUGUCCAGAGACAUGGUGAAGCACCUCAAUAGCAUUGAGGAACAGAUUCUGGAGAGUCUGGCCUGGACUCGCAACUCAGCACUCUGGAAUGCACUCGAGGCCUCAGAAAACAAAGUCCCAACCUGUGAAGAAGUGAUAUUUCCCAGUAAUUUUGAGGCCAGCAAUGGAGGAAGUGGGUUUGGGCACUUGCCCAUGAUGCCAUUAUCUCCCAUAAUUCAUCCUCGAGUGAAAGAGGUUCGGACAGAUCUUGGUGGGAGUUUAAGACGAGACGUGCAGCCAUUGUCUCCAAUCUCUGUUCAUGAGCGCUACAGUUCUCCUACAGCUGGGAGUGCUAAGAGAAGGCUCUUUGGAGAUGACAGCCCCAAAGAAACGCAGAUGGAAAAAAUCUUAACGAAGGGAACGAAGCUGACAAUUGCUCCAGCAUCAAGCGUCGGUGCUGAAAACAUGUCAGCAUCUCCUGCCCAGACAGUGCUGACCAUGACAACCACUACAGGACCAGGAAAAGCAGGACAGAAGGUCACUAUCCCACUGCAUGGUAUUUCAAAUGACAUGGGUGGAAUCACCUUGAUCCCCAUUUCGAUUAAUUUAGGCCAGCCAUGUAAAGUGGAUGCUCAGGCUCCCUGCCACCUUCCUGGGACCCAAGGAGCAGAUGUGGCGCUGCCCGUGGCCGGCAAGCCGAAGAGAACGGGCUCCUUGGCACUGUUCUACAGGAAGGUGUAUCACCUGGCAAGCGUGCGCCUGCGUGACCUGUGCCUGAAGCUGGAUGUGUCCAACGACCUGCGCAGGAAGAUAUGGACGUGUUUUGAGUUCACCUUGGUUCAUUGUGCUGAUCUUAUGAAGGACAGGCAUUUGGACCAGCUCCUCCUCUGUGCUUUUUAUAUCAUGGCAAAGGUAACCAAAGAGGAAAGAACUUUUCAAGACAUAAUGAAAAGUUACAGAAAUCAGCCCCAGGCAAACAGCCAUGUUUAUAGGAGUGUCUUGUUGAGAAAUACUUCUGGUGAUGUUCCAUUGGACAAAAAUGCAAACCCAGAUAUGGAGAUGACAGAAGACUCAUCUGUGAAAGCUGGCAGCUCCUUGGGACGGUCCACAGCAGAGAAUUUGAGUGAGUCAGAAACAGAGGAGAGAGGAGAUCUUAUUAAAUUUUACAACGCAGUCUACGUAGGAAGAGUAAAGUCAUUUGCACUGAAGUACGAUAUCACAAACCAGGAUCAUGUGGUGGAGGCGCCGCCGCUGUCGCCGUUCCCCAGCGUGCGGCCGCAGGCGGUGUCCCCGCGGCGAAUCUCGCAGCAGCACUCGGUGUUCGUGUCCCCGCACAAGAACGGCGCCUGCCUCACGCCCCGCUCUGCCCUGCUCUACAGGUUCAAUGGCAGCCCCUCCAAGAGUUUGAAGGACAUCAACAAUAUGAUAAAGCAAGGUGAACAUAGGAGUAAGAAGCGAGCAAUAACAAUUGACAGUGACACUGAAUCCCCCUCGAAGCGACUCUGCCAGGAAAAUGAUGAUGUUCUACUGAAACGUCUGCAGGAUGUUGUCAGUGAGAGAGCAAAUCACUAAAAAGCUUCUGCUGUCUGUGGAUCUCCAAGUUACAGAGCUGGAUACAGCAUUGUGCUAUUUAUUUCUUGCUUUUGUAUAUAGACAACUGUCAAGUUCCUUCAACACUGAACUUUCACCUGACUUCCACAGGACACAAAAAGUAAGAGUUAUGUAGGAAAUGCCAGUGAUCUUAAUGCCCAAAGAUCACACUGUGCUAUAACUUACUCUGAGCUGUUUUAGCAAAAGAGUGUUCUGUGAAACCCAUAUUGGAUGUUCUCAAGCCCCAUUUGGAGCAUCAUGAAUUCUGAGUGUAACUCAGCUUGGAAUACCAGUUUUAUUAUUAGAAUAAGAGUGAUAAAGAAAUUAGUGAAAUCAGUGAAGUUUCCUCAAGCUUUUGGCAUUUAGAGAAGAAACUUACAAAGUGCCUUAUUUGAAAAGAAUACAGAAUUUUAUGUAUUUUACUGUGGAGUAACUGGAGGGAAAAGAAAUUAAUUAUUUAGCCUCAGGAAGAGCUGAGUAGUUUUGAACUGUCAGAACUUAUGUUAAAGUGUAGGUUGUGACAUGUAUCUGACAGCUUUUGCAGUAACAAAGGCAAUAAUCUAAAAAUACAAAUAGUGGUGACUUAGGUUGGACUCUGGUAAAGCUCACAGUUCUGUGAGCCUGAAUUCCCUUUCUCUUGAGCCAGUGGUGCUCCACUUGGAAGCCACAGAGCAGCCUGCCCUAGAUGUUCAUACAGAUGGCAGCUCACCCAUGAGAAAAUACAGUUACAGCUGAAAUCAGCAGCUGGGGCUUGGUCACGUUAAAGCUGUUCAAAUGUACACAUUCUUAUAACAAUUUGAAUGUCUUGUUUUUUCCUGAAGACCUUUAGCCUCUUGUGUAGUAUCUACACUGAAUGUAAGCCCAUCACAUAAGGAGGUGUGUAUGUGUGAGGUUUUAUAGCUGUUGAAGGCUUGGGUUCACUGGAAAAGUAGAAAUUCCAGCAUCCAAUUCUUGUGACUGAGUUUUUAAUGCUGAAGAUCUGGUAGGGUCUGUUUUACCAAAAUGGAGAAAAGUCAGGGUUUACUCAUUACUGUAAAUCAGUAGUUUGAUCUUAUUUUAUAAUUGUAUUUAAGGUUAGAGCCAUAGAGAAACUUCUCAGCACUGUAAUUUUCAGUUUCUGUGUAACUGAACUGAAAAAAAAAAGAACAACUACACAGGACUUAUUUGAGGGGCUCUGUUUCCUUCAUUGGCUGGGUGGGUUAGUAUGUGAGAUCCACAGGUCAUGAAGAGAACACUGCCAUGAUUUUGAGCAGCCUCAGCAAUGAUGAAGGAGAAAUUAAUUUCUAAGUGUAGGUGUGCAGGAACACUACUCAGCAAGGAGUAGGAAGUUUACAAACUUGGUUUUGAGUCAUUAACUACUUGAACAUUUGAUAUUUUUUUAAACUUGUUUACUUUCAAAAAAAGGUGCUUGCCCAUGGAGAGCUGCAGUAUGAGGAAAUGGCUGUGCAGUGGAAUAGGUUUCAUGUAGAUAUUUAAUUUUAUUCAAGUUUUAAUGUUUGCCUUCAUAUUUUCAGAUAAAAAGUGGAGGAUUGCAGCCUUUCUGCAAUAGGAUAGGAAAUUUAUGGUUAGGCAUGACAGCAUCAGUCUUUCCAUGGUAUUGUAUUAUGAGAGUUUACAACCAUUGACAUGGUUUUAAUUCAAUAUCAUGUGCACAUCUCCUGGUGUCUCUGCUCCCCACACUGUCACUGCCUUCUCUGACAGUAGACAACUGAUGGAGCCAAAAUCCUUAAUAACUGUUAUGUAUAGUGCUUCUUCAGUAGGAAAAUGAAUGUACUACAACUGGAUGCAGUUCAGAAUUCUUCACCUUUUUAGGUGAUGUAAAAACUAUUUUGGGCUUGUUGAAUGGCUAAAACAAUAGCUUACAUGAAAUUUUUGUAACGGUUUCAAAGUGCCUUCACAUGUAAAUCUGUAUUUUAUAAUAAACAACUAAAAAG